UGUAACGCGAGAGAGUACAGGUACAAAAGUACAAAAAAUAUAUAUUUGUGUAUUUAUUUUUUUGGCAGAGGAAUUGCGUUUGGUUUUGGAGAGAUAGUUCUUAUAAUCUGUUAUUACAGCAUUUAGAAACUAACUGGCCAUUGUGUAUAUACUUAAAUAAUAAACUCUAUAGCCCUGCGUUUACGUGUCGAAAUUAUUGUGGAAUUGAUAGAUUGUCCCUUAAAUAUAUGGCGUUGCUGCAGAAAUGUUUCUUACUGAGAGAAGACGACUUGCCACAGACUGUAAAACCAAGUACUUGGGCGUAUUACACUACAUUUUAAAACAUGACCAAACACGAGUUCUUUGUUGAUAUGACCUGUGAAGGCUGCUCCGGUGCUGUAACCCGUGUCCUUAAUAAACUCGGGGGUGUCCAGUUCGACAUUGACCUGCCCAACAAGAAGGUUUUUAUUGAGUCAGAGCACAGCGUGGACCUGCUUCUGGAAACACUGAAGAAGACUGGGAAAAAUGCCACAUAUGUCGGUGCUAAAUAGAAAACCGUGUCAUGAAAGAAAUUAGGUAAAAACAAUGGAGUGGAAUAGUUUACUCUGAAGACCUGAUAAUGAAAGCAACUAUUUUUAUUUCGUUUUUAUUUAGUAUUAUUUAAUGGAGAAGUCAUAUGAGCUGUAGGUGUCUUGUUAAUGAGGAUGUCCCAGGGGUAACCGUCACAUACAAGCAGACAGCAAACACACGCAGUCUCACAAUCCCUGUAAUAUUGUAUUUGACUUCACAUCCUGUGCAAUCACAUGGCAGGUUCAAAUGAUCGGGUAACAAUCCGAGUAAUUCAGGGGGCGGGGAAAGCAAACACAUUCCUUGCAACUUUGCACAGUAGGCUGUUAAGAUUAUUUGUUUAGUUGGAGCCCCUCGAGUUCUGGUACCGUGCCUGUGUUUCCUCUUUAGGGCACGUCAGCGUACACCCCCAAAAAUAGAAUGUUCAAGGAUGGCAACGGCACAUGGUUCCAUUAGAAAGUUGGUUCAAUUAUCAAGCAACAGUCACAGCUACGGAGGGUAGAGCCUAAAAGCUAUUAUGAACCAUGAAAACAUUGCGUUUUUAAAAAUAAAAAAAUGAAAUCAUGUAUGCUAUACUAGUAACAGUUUGUUAGCCCCACCCAGGUAUGCGACUCCGUUGGGAACUGAAGGAAAAUGAGCAGCAACAUCAAAUCAAACCUGCAAACGCUGUGGAAAUCAUAGGAGCCUGUCGUUUUCUGUGCUUUGGGCAACCAUUAGAAUUUUUUAUUUUUGGAAGGGGGAAAAAAAAAGCUGUACCAUUUAACUCCAUCAGCCUUUAAUGUAAUGCCACUAUACCGUGUAUAUGUCUAUGUUCCGAUUCAAUUAAACUGUGUACCGUUGCAUUGUGCAUGAAAUGAAAGGAGUUAAUCAAUUUGAAAACAUUUCUUAUGUUCUUCUGCCAAUCCCCAGCCAUAGGGAUAUACAGUAGGGGUGUGCAAAUUCUGAGAUCUUCCAAACAGAACCCUUUUAACAAGUUUUUAAGUUGUUCGGUAUUAACCCAUUCAGUGCCAUUGUCCUCAUUUGAUGACAGGUUACUUUGUAAUUUUUUGGAGAAUUGGUCACUUUUCCAAAUUGCCACAUUUUUCAAUCCCACUGUUGUCAGUUAGAGAGAAAAUACGCUCCUCUUUAAAAACACCUCAGGGAAAAUAAAGACAUGAAUGUGAUUCACUGGAAAUCCUGAGACUAGUUUGCCCAACAAGUUAUUUUCUCCUGUUAAAAAUACUGAAAUACAUUGCUGCGGUUUUUGA